ACUAGCAGAUGAUACGGCUGUGAUUGUUUACAAAUGAAUAUAUGUGUCCUGGCUGACAUACUUUUGUUGAUUAUGUGUUAAAUUUUUAAAGUGCAAGUCUUCUCAUUGCAGAACUUUGAAUGUGGUGCACUAUAAUCACAUACGUGUAGAUACCAGGCCUAUUUUUGAGUUGUAGUCCAGAACUGCCUUUAAUAUGUCUUCACUUGUCUUGAAAUUAAAAACGAAGUCGGGUCAGAAUGUAGUUGAAGGAUUAACAGCAGCAAGUACCGUACGUGAUCUGAAGACAAAGCUCUGUUCGUUGACGAAUAUAGGAGAAAUGAACCUUCAUGUGCUGAGUGGCUAUCCCCCGAAAGCACUAGACUUAUCAGACAACGAAGCGAACUUAAGAAACGUCGGAAUAUCGUCUGGUGAUGUUUUAAUAGUUGAAAACAAACCUGGUGCAAAACCGAAAGUGAUUUCAAGAAACGAUGUAAUUCCUGCAACUAGACUGGAUAACGAUAGAGUAAGACCUCACGUAACGGAUGCAAUCAGUGACUUUCCAGGAGUUCUUAUGCGGAAAAUAGUUCCUGCCGACAACUCUUGCUUGUUUACGAGCAUUGGCUUUGUCCUUGGAGGCAAAGUGGAUCCCACCUGUGCUUCGUACAUGCGGCAGAUAAUUGCAGAAGAGGUCAUUAAUGACGGGGAUUCGUACUCCGAAGCCAUCCUGGGGAAACCUCCGCGAGCCUACUGCGACUGGAUAUUGCGGCCCGACUCCUGGGGCGGUGCCAUCGAGCUCUCCGUGCUGUCUCACUUCUACGGCAUCGAGAUUGCUGUCGUCGACACACUGAACGCUAUCGUCAACCGUUUCGGUGAAGAUCGCCACUAUCCUCAACGCGUUUUCCUAGUCUUUGAUGGGAUCCACUACGAUCCACUCUACAUGGAGCAGGGGGAUGGCGACAGCAUCCAGACAAUUUUCCCGACAUCGGACGACCGCGUGCUGCUGGAAGCGGAACAGUUGGCACGCGAGGCCAAGAGUAGCCGGCAGUUCACAGACGUGGAGCGCUUCACGCUGUGCUGCCUCGAGUGCCGGGUGUCGCUGCGCGGGCAAGCCGAGGCACAGGCGCACGCCCGGGAGACCGGCCAUACGAGCUUCGGGGAGGUCCCGGGUGCCCACGUGGAGUAGGAGGAGACGCUCUUGUAUUUCGUCAGUAUACUAGCAAAAUUUACAACACGUAUUGUCAUUCUGGCAUUUCUCUGUUUUUCAUCCCUUUUGAUCUGCGGUCGUCAUAACACCAUUUUUUUUUAAUGUGAAUUUUGUGUUUCCCUAUGCCUGAUACAACUGGUUGCUUAUUGAGCCCUGAAGAAAAGCAACUUUGCCUUUGAUGAAAGUGUGCUCUUUGUAAUUUACAACUGUACCUCACAUUUUAAUCACAAUCGUGUAUGUAAUGGCACAGAGCUUCCAAACUUUGUACAGAAAGAAAAAUAGGACUUUCUAGCUUUGAAAUCAUAAAGAAUUGUGGAAUUUUAACAGUUUACUACUGAAAGGAAAUUAACAGUGUGUUAAAAAUAUCAAUCUUCGCGUAAUAGGGUUUUGUCUUUUCCCCCCCCCCCCCCAUAUAAUACUUUCCUUCCAUUGCAGAAUCAAUAAGCAAAUUUCAAAAAAAGUACACCUGAAACUAGAAAUUCGGUGUUUUGAAACUAAUCUGAUAAUUUGUAUGACAAGAAUCCAAUAUUUGCAAGCAUUUGUGGUGCCAAUAAUGUGAUAUCAAUUUUUUAUCUGAAAGGUGUUCUCAGAUACAGACAUAGUGCCUUAUGUACCAGGCUUUGCUGAACAUAUAGGAUUAUUAAUUGUUUUCCACAUUAUUACUUUUGAAUUCUAGGUACAUUUUCAGAAUAGUGAAUGUUUUACCCACCAUAAUAACAUUUAAUUUAUAU